GCAAAUCUUGAUGCCCAGAUUUGGUAUCCAGUGUUCAGUUAGAUCAUAGACAUCUGGCUUUGUAUCAGCAGUUUUUUAAUGCAAACGCCAGAACAGUGUUUGUGUCGCUGCAUUUCCAAAUCAUGUGCGCCUCUCCCUUCAAACUUUACGUGCCGCAGCCAAAACUGGACCAGCUCAAACAAAAGCUGCAGCUGACCAUCCUACCAGAUGAGAUGCAAGAAGUCGGCUGGUCUCAAGGGCCGCCGCGCAGUGAGAUCAAACGACUUGUCGAAGCUUGGAUUCCGUUUGAUUGGCGAGCAUCGGAAAGGGAGAUCAAUCAACUGCCAAACUUCCAGACCACCAUCAACGUAGAAGGCUUUGGUAACAUCGACAUUCACUUCAUACAUCAGAGGAACAUGGACCCAGAAGCCAUCCCUCUGCUGUUCGUGCACGGCUGGCCCGGAUCUUUCCUCGAGGUCCUCAAGAUAGGAGAGCAACUUGCGAAGAACCCGGCAAAGCCACCACUAUUUCACCUCGUUGCACCUUCAUUGCCGAAUUUUGGCUUCAGCGACGGCGUGACGAAGCCUGGGUUUGGGCUUGCGCAGUAUGCAGAGACUUGCCACAAGCUGAUGCUUUCCCUGGGAUAUUCGCGGUACGCGACGCAAGCGGGCGACUGGGGCUAUUGGAUCACACGGGCAAUAGGCCACAGAUAUCCACAUCACUGCGUUGCCAGCCACUACAACAUGGUCUUUGCCAAUGCACCUGGCUGGACUUCACAGCCGCUGCUGGCAUUGAAGGCGGCGAUCAUACCACUCAGCGAGUCGGAGAGGCGAGCACGGGAAAGGUCGGAGUGGUUUGCUAGCACUUCGAGAGGGUACAACGCUCUACAGUCCACCAAACCACAGACUCUCGGGUACUCUUUGGCAGACUCACCGGUGGGACUGCUUGCUUGGCUGUAUGAGAAGCUGAACGACUGGUCUGACGGCUAUCCUUGGUCUGAUCAAGAACUGUUGACCUUCGUGUCGGUGUAUUGGUUCAGUAAAGCGGGUCCCGCCGCAGCGCAAAGGAUCUACUACGAGGUGAACCACGAACGGGAUCCAACCUACACGUAUCAGGCGAUGCUGAGGUACAUGCCGUGCGUGAAGAUUGGUCUGACGUACAAUCCGAAGGAAAUUGAGAUGUUCCCCAAAGCGUACGGCCGCACGCUGGGCCGCGUGGUGUACGAAGUCGAGAACGAGCACGGCGGACACUUUUACGCUCACGAACAUCCAGAAUGGCUGGUGCGUGAUCUGCGUCACAUGUUCGGAAAGGACAUUAACGCUUUCGGGCGCUGA